UUGGCGUUGACGUCGAAAACAAGUGACAUAAUGAAAAAAUAGUUAAGAUGAAACGGUCGCGCUGAGACAACCAUGUCUAACAAAAAUAAUCAUCCGGUUUCUGUGGACGAUCUGACCACACAAAUUCAGCAAUGUUAUUCGGACCAAACCUUUGACACGAGAACACAAGACGACGCGAAGGAAGAAAACGCCAAGGGCUCAUUUCGUUACAAUAUUCGGAAAGCAAAAUCCGAAAAGUAUCUAAAACGGCUACCGUCUAUUUUAAGUCAAAAAAAGAAGGGCGAUUACUACUUGUACCCGAUCGGAAGCAGUAUUCAAAGCCCAGUGAAAGUCCUUCCGAAAUGGACGGAUGUGGCGUCUGUCAUAAAUCAAGGGAUAACGACUCAUCGGAACCUGGAUGUAAGAACGGCUUCAAGGCAAGAAAUGAAAACCACGCUGAGUUCAGGAACGCUGUCAUCUAUGCUGGUGAAGAUGAAGACGUACGCGGUACUUCCGGUAUCCAGUCACAUGAUCAGCCUGCAACAGCUCCUGGUCGUCAACGAGAAACAACGCAUAUUCGAAGAGACGCACGCGAAGUUCGUCUGUGUCAACCUGAUGCUGGCGCUACGCUUUCUCCAUGAAAACGGGAUAUUUCACGGCUCCGUCUGCCCCAAGAAAGUCGUAUUAAAUGCACGACACUACCCGUGCCUGACUGGCUUCGGUACCGCGGAUGUUAUGGAUGAGCGACAGAGCCGACCCCGGGAGCGCACGACGCUUGAGUACACGAGUCCGGAACAGCUGUACAACGAGCACCUCACGGAAGUGACGGAUACCUUUUCCAUCGGAUGUCUUACAUACGCCAUGAUUUAUGGAACACCGCCGCACCGUGGUAAAGACGUUCCUUGCACGCGUAGGAACAUUCUUGACAAGAGGUUCAUGCCACCUUUUGCACCGGAAGAUAUUUCUCAAGCCGGAAAGCGCUUCUUGAUUCGCUGCAUUCGGAAGUUGGAAACCAAACGAUACAACAUUCUGGACGCAAAAGAUAGCAUUUCUGAGAACAUUACAUGGUUCUCCGGCCUUUCCGAAGACAAACUGUACAAACAAGCCCUGCCCUCCCCCCUAACAUCUUUCAUCAAGCAGUUAGACAAGACCGAGGCCUGAAAAAUUACAUGCUCUACAUUUCAAAACAAAAUGAAAUAAUAAAUCUAUAUAUAUA